CAUCACAUGAAGAAAAGAGAGCAAAAAAAAGUGAAGGAUCUGAAGAGAGUAUCGCGUACGUGAUUUUCAUUUAGAGAAAUCCACCCACACGCAUCACAAAAUACAAAGACUUCACGUCCAAGCAAUUUCUGAGUAAAGAAAGGACAAAUAAAUCGAAAGAGAAGAAAAAAAUCAGCUUUUGUCGAAUAGAAAAAGGAACAGUAGCAAAAUUUGGAAGCAAAAUCAGAUUUUUUUUAAGGUUUUGGUGAAUCUGAAUAGAUCAGAGAGUGAUGUCGUGCUCAUCGUCAUCUGGGUCUGAGGAAGAUGACGAGGGAUUCGACUCUUACCGGAAGGGAGGGUACCACGCCGUCAGGGUCGGCGAUCAGUUCGCCGGCGGCAGGUAUAUAGCUCAGAGGAAAUUGGGUUGGGGUCAAUUUUCCACCGUGUGGCUUGCUUAUGAUACCAACACAAGUUCAUAUGUUGCACUCAAGAUCCAGAAAAGUGCGGCCCAGUUUGUUCAGGCUGCCCUUCAUGAGAUUGAUGUUCUUUCAUCCAUUGCUGACGGGGACCCAUCAAAUUCAAAAUUUGUCAUCCAAUUAAUUGAUCACUUUAAGCACACUGGUCCAAAUGGGCAGCAUCUUUGCAUGGUCCUUGAGUUUCUUGGUGAUAGCUUGCUUCGUUUGAUCAAAUAUAACCGUUAUAAAGGUCUUCCAUUAAAUAAAGUUAGAGAGAUUUGCAAAUGCAUUUUGAUUGGUUUGGAUUACUUGCAUAGCGAACUUGGUAUAAUCCACGCUGACCUAAAACCGGAAAACAUUCUUCUAUGUUCAACCAUUGAUCUUGGCAAAGACCCUUUUAGGUCCGGAAUCUCCCCAAUUCUAGAGAGGCCUGAGGGAAACAUAAAUGGUGGAUUUACAAGUCUUAUUGAGAAAGGGUUGAAGAGGAGAGCAAGGAGAGCAGUUGCUAAGAUAUCUGGAAGAAGAACUUCAAUGGGAGGAACAGGAGAUGUUGCAAAGACUGGUAGAAAUAUUGAUGGGAUUGAUGUGAGAUGCAAGAUAGUAGAUUUUGGAAAUGCAUGUUGGGCUGAUAAGCAGUUGACAGAAGAAAUACAGACAAGGCAGUACAGAGCGCCAGAAGUUAUACUGAAGGCUGGCUAUUCCUUCUCUGUUGACAUGUGGUCUUUUGCUUGCAUUGCUUUUGAACUUGCCACUGGAGAUAUGUUGUUUACACCGAAGGGUGGACAAGGUUUUAGUGAGGAUGAGGAUCACCUAGCCCUUAUGAUGGAGCUCCUUGGAAAGAUGCCAAGGAAGAUUGCUACUGGUGGAGCUCAAUCGAAGGAUUUCUUUGAUAGGCAUGGAGAUCUAAGAAGGAUUCGAAGGCUAAAAUAUUGGCCACUUGACAAAUUGUUGAUUGAUAGAUAUAAAUUUUCAGUGAACGAUGCUCGCGAGUUUUCAGAAUUUCUAUUACCACUUCUUGAUUUCGCACCAGAGAAGCGACCAACUGCCGGAUCAUGCCUGCAACACCCAUGGCUGAACUGCAAGGAGUCCUCUCCAAAGGAAAUGAAAAAUGAAUCUAAUGUAGAAAAAGUGGAAGUUGGAAUGAGCAACCUUAAAGUAAGGGUGGGAAAAUGAAGGAGAGAAAUGUGUUGUUUUGACACUGUUCAAGUCAAAGCCAACAACUAAUGAUUGUGAUUUUUUCUCUUUUUUCUUACUUUGUUCAAGUUUAAUAAGAUUCUUUCUAUGGGAUUAUUGACUACAAAGAUGUAAAUUAGUAAAGAAUUUUGUUCCUCCAAAGUUAUCUGACAGCAGAAUUUGCGUGUAUAUUGUUUACAACAUGUUGAAAGUCCUGAUGUUCAUU